AUGCCGUCCUCCUCUCCGCCUCCGACCGGCGGCGGCGACGGCUCUCUCUGUCGCGUGGCGGUGCCGCGGCUGCUUCCGCUCUUCCUGGGAGUGUUCGGCGGCGCGUUCGUGUCGCUGGGCGUGGCGCUUUCGGGCGUGCGCUCCGCGGCAGCUGUGCGCUGGUUGUUGCGGCUACCAGGCGACCUGUUGCUUAACGCCUUUGUGUGCCUUGCACUACCCGCAACGGCGCUACAGGCCGUACUAACGGGAGCGCAAGUGGCGCACGAGCAGUUCAAGACUCCGCAGACUCGGUGGGUGCAAAUCGCGGGAGCGACACUCGCAGCCUUCGCGCUGGCCACGCUGCUCGCCAGUCUGCUAGGUGCGCUCCUGGCCGUGGCCUUACAGAGCAUCGUGCCCAACAGCGCUCUCCUCGCGCAGAUCUGGGGGCUCCCGGCCGGAGCGACGGUGGGCUUCGUGUGCCCCGGUGCAGUUGCCAAUGGAUCGAUGGCACUGCAGAGCGACGGCACGUUGAUGUGCGCUGAAAAUGCCACGACGUUCGUGGUCGACGAUGUUGCACAUACGUUCGUGGUGAACUCAAUGACCGACGUCAUGAGUGUUGCGGAACAGGUCGUCAAGGUGGCGGAGAGCGUCUUCCCCGAAAGUUUAGGAGCCGCGUUCGUCGAUGGAGACGUAUUGAGUCUCGUGGUGGGAGGGAUCGCGCUUGGAGUGGCGCUCACAGGCUUCGCUGUUGCAGAUACAGCACAAGAUGAAGACGAGGACAGUCACAGACAAGAUGAGGAACAGAAGGAGUUUGUGUUGCUGCAACUGAUCGCUCAGACUGGAGCGUUGAUAUGUCGCGUGCUGACGUGGCUGCAAAAGUAUCUUCCUAUGACUGUGGCCUUCAUGUUCAGCAGUGUAUUACUGCAAUCAUCACCGAAUUCCUCUUCAGACCACAAUGACGACAACACUGCAGUCGCUGUCGUCUUGGCUUUCAUGGCUGUGCUGCUGCUCGCUCUGGUUCUCGACGUGGUGGUGAUGAUCUGCCUGGUUGCAGUAUUCACCCGAUCCAACCCGUUCUCGUUCUUGGAGCACCUCUUGCCCGCGCAACUACUAGCGAUAAGUUCUGGGUCGUCCGUCGUCGCGCUGCCAGCCACCGUCUCCUGUAUGCUAUCAAGCAAGCGUGUUUCUUCGAAGCUGGCCUUCGUCGUGUGCUCUACUGGCUCAGUACUCAACCAGACGGGCACGGCGCUCUAUCUAUCUGUCAGCUGUCUGUUUGUGCUCACUACUGCAAGUAUAACCAGCGACGAACUGGCAGUGACGCACUCUACAAGGACCACCAUAGCUAUGGUGUUCGCCAACGCCUUAAUCGCCAGCGUCGUGUCACCGCUGCCUGCAGGAUCGAAGACCGCGACUCUGGCGACGACUCUAGGCGCUGUAUUUGGCAUUUCUGCUGGACCACGUGCCGCGUUACUCGCCUUUUUAGCGGCACUGGAGUGGAUCACGGGGCCGUUUGUCGCCUGCGUGAACGUCACGAAUAACGCGUUGGUUGCACUGGUGAUUGCACAUUAUUUCGAGUCUCAACCAGCAGUAGUAGCAGAGACAGACCCCGCUGUUCCAACGCAGGAGGCACCAGCACCAGACUUACGCCAACAACGAGUGAUGGGGAUGAUCCACAGCGAGAACUGGGUAUAG